UAAUCAAUUUUACAUUUUUAUCUUCAUUGUAUUUUAAAUAGACACUUUAAAUACGUAAUGAAAUAAGUCUCUCCUAGAGAUAAUUGAACAAUCGGCCACAGCGGCGGCGCGGUUAACUUGAAUUUAACCUCAAAAAGAUGGCCACUAAAACAUGGAAGUCCAAAUUCAUUGAAUUCCUAGAAAACAACCGGGGCUUAGUCGUUGUGUUCUUCUGUCUUCCUGCCAGCUUUUUGUUUGAGCUGUUUCUAACUUUAAAAAGGGAAAUUUACAGGACUUUGUUUAGUAGUCCUCAGAAUCAUGACAAUAGGGUGAGAGACAUACAAAAGCAAAUCCAGUCCUGGAAUAAGUUACCCUUGACAGAGAGAAAAUUAUUGUGCACUUCUCGACCAAACUGGCUCAGUUUAUCUUUAACCUUCUUCCAAAAGGACCAAUGUCAUCAAGUGCCAAUAGAUUUAUUUGAUAUUUUAGAGUUGGAUGAAAAGAACCUGACUGUACGAGUAGAACCUAUGGUGAGAGUUGGUGAUAUUACCAAGUAUUUGAUUCCAAAGGGAUACACACUGGCAGUCACCUUGGAGAUUGCUGAUGCUACACUCGGGGGUCUUGCCAUGGGUACUGGUAUGACUACACAUUCCCACAAAGCAGGAUUAUACCAGGAAACUGUGGUUGCAUAUGAGGUCGUUUUGGGUAACGGCAGUCUAGUGAAAGCAACUAAGGAUGAAAAUGCUGAUUUAUUCAAUGCUUUACAUUGGUCUCACGGUAGUUUGGGUUUCCUGGUGGCAUUAACUUUAAAAAUAGUCAAGAUAAAACCCUACAUCAAACUGACCUAUAUACCAGUAAAGGGUCAAAAGAAUUACUGUGACAUGACUAGACUUUUGUCUGGCGACGAUGGCACCGAUUACCCAGUGGCCGAUUACGUGGAGACCACCAUUUUCAAUCACGACGAGGCAGUUAUCAUGACCGGCGAUUAUGCAGAUUACGACCCGUCUCUUCCCGUGAACCACGUCACCAGGUGGUACAAACCUUGGUUCUACAAGUAUGUUGAAACGUUCAUAAAACGGGGCAAACACACCGAGCUGAUUCCACUCAGAGAGUACCUACUGAGACAUAAUAGAGCUAUAUUUUGGGUCGUUGAAUCCAUGAUUCCUUUCGGAAACAACCCUUUGUUCCGAUUGUUCUUCGGGUGGUUACUCCCCCCUAAACCAGCUUUCCUGAAAUUCACCACCACUCCCGGCAUCAGGGCUUACACGUUCAUGAGACAGGUCUUUCAAGACAUAGUGUUGCCCCUGCGUAAGCUCGAGGAUCAGAUUAGCACUUCUGAUAAACUUUUCGAUGCGUAUCCUUUGUUGGUAUAUCCUUGUCGCGUGUAUGAUCACGGAAAACACGCUGGCCAAAUAAGACCCCCACGAAAGGAGUAUCUCGUUGAAGGCACCAAUUACGCAAUGUACAACGAUCUCGGCGUGUAUGGAGUACCCGGUUAUGUGAAACGCAAAGAGAAAUACAACGCCGUACAAGCAAUGCGGGAUAUGGAAAAAUUCACCAGAGACGUCGGAGGAUUUUCGUUCCUUUACGCCGACAUUUUUAUGACCAGGGAAGAAUUUGAAGAAAUGUUUGAUCUAACUUUAUAUGAAAAAGUUAGGGAAAAAUAUCAUGCCAAUGGGGCCUUUCCUCAUUUAUACGAUAAGAUUAAACCCGAAAUUGAUGUAUUUGAAAUAGGAAGACAAUUUGAAAACAAUAAUUAAAAUGUUAUUUAUAUUAAGUUUUCUCAGGAUAUUAUACUGUUAUUCAAG